AUGUUUAUUAACUAAUCAUUAAUCUUAAUUUUGCUCUCAUUUAAAUCAUUAUGUUAAUUUGUUUAUCUUAGGCUUUCUUUCUUCCUAUAGUUCUUAUAGCCUCGGCAGAAGAAGUGUUAAAAAUGCCGACUUUGGAAAUUAACCUAGAUGUUUCAGCUAAAUCGAAAGUUUUCCUCAAACUUCGAAUCAGAACUUGUAUUUAGCACCCUGAUAAGGGCCUUUGUUGUAAAGUCUCCUCAAAGUGCCAAGUUGUGGAACAGCUGUCGCGUUUGGGUUCUGGCCCCAACUGCAGUUUCUCCUAUCGAUUGGCUAUAUAGGCGCUGCGAAUGUUCAGUUUAAAGUCAGUUCAGAUCGAGCUGAGUUUAGCGAGUUUCUGCAGAAUGAAAUUCUCUCUGAUCCUGGCUGGCCUGGCUUUCUUUGUGGCCCACACUGGGGCACAGGCGAAGGUCUGUCGCGGUGGUGUUGCAGAUAGCCAACCAGCUUGCAUAGGCGGCAAAAGCGAAGGAUACUCCAAUGAGACCGUCUGCUACGGCAAUGCCAACAUCUAUAUGUGGUGGUACGAUACCAGGAGCCGAACCUGCAGGAGACUCUCCUACAACGGCUGCGGUGGCAACAAGAAUCGCUUCUGCACCAAAAGCCUUUGCAAGAGCAAGUGCAGGCGGAACGAAAGGGCAGCAGUGCAAGGGGUCCAGUAACUGAAUACGAAAUAUGGAAUUGAUUCGCUUCGUUCUACUCUCAAUUCCAAUUCCAAUUUCCUGGAAAUGAAAGGAAUUUUUUUUUGUUAGGGUAUCUUCAGGCAGGCUUUAUAGUUUAUUGUUUUUGUCAUACACAAAUUUCACAUUUGAUUAAAUUAUUAAUUGAACGCUUAAGAU